AUGGCUGGGAAAAUUGCAUGUUUUGUGGUUUUGUGCAUGGUGAUGGUUGCACCCUAUGCAUCGGAGGCGUUUAGCUGCGGUCAAGUUCAGGCCGGAGUGGUUAAGUGUCUCCCUUAUUUGCAAAAUCGCGGCCCUGUGGGACAGUGUUGUGAUGUUGUUAAAGGUCUCCUGAAUUCUGCUAAGACAACACAGGAUCGUAGAACUACAUGCUCUUGCCUUAAAUCAGCUGCUUCUAUUAUAAAGGGCAUUGAUAUGAGCAAAGCUGCUGGUCUCCCUGCUCUUUGUGGUGUCAAAAGGUCCAGUGAGACCGAUGAAAAAUCGAUUUAUCGACGCAUAAAAUUGGUGUUAGACGUGCUAUCAUGGUGGCGAAGAAUAAGAUGCAUAUGGAUCGAGUUUGAUCCUGCUUAA